AUGGACAUCCUUGACACACACGCCUAUGACAGGCGGCAGAGGAGAAACAUGUCCUGUGCUCUCCUUUUCUCUCUCUUGCCCUUCUUUCUGUCCUCAGGCUUGUAUUUCUACCUGUGGACCGCUGACGCCCCGUCGUCCAUCACGGCCUCGGCUGUGAAAUCGGCUCCUGCGGUCCUGCUGGCUGCAGCGGUGCUGAGCUGGAACGGCGCUCAGAGUGUCCUGGGCGUGGCGGGGGGGCUGCUGCUGUCCGCCGUGGGCGACUGGUGCCUGACCUCCACCGAGCACUUUCUGCAUGGAAUGGGUGCCUUCGCAGCGGCUCACGUGCUGUACUCGCUCUCCUUCCUCUCCAGCCGCUACGCCACACACUCGUCCUCCUCCUGGACCCGUCUCCUGUACCCCGUCGCCUUCCUGGCCGGCGGAGCUUUUUACAUCUUCCUGUUCCCAUUCUUGAAGAAAGCGCCGAACGCCGACCUGCUGACUCCCGCCGUGGCCAUCUACAUUUUCCUCAUCGCUGUGAUGUGUGCCAUAGCGAUUUCAACUCGAUACACGGCAACUCUGCUGGGAGCUUUAACCUUCGCGGUGUCUGAUGUGAUUCUGGCUCUGCAUGUUUUUAAGGUGAUGCCAGAGACCGAUCACUCGAACUCUGCAAUCAUGGCCACGUAUUAUUUGGCGCAGCUUUUGAUCGCUGUUGGCGACGUAAAAGCAACGGAGAACAAGGACGACUUUGGAAAGUGGAAGAGAUCUUAA